AUGAGUGGCAGUGCUGCGAAGCAGGUGCUGCCAGUAAAUGGUUUGCUGACCAUUAAAAUAGUCCGUCAGCACGUCAGGAAUUUGCGCACGACCAAUGCUGGGCCACGGGCAGUGCAUGUCCAGUCGCCGUACAGCGACAAGUUUGCGAAGGGUGUUUCUUCGCAUGUGCGAGCUCCGCCAUGGAUGCGUGCCCAAGUAGAGUCAGAGCAGAUGUCGCCGGUUCAAGAUCGAUACGCUAGAAGGCUGAAGCUCCAUGUGAAGCUGCAGGCUCCCGGCCCCGGAGAACGGUUUGCAGUCCUCGGAUCCCACGAGGCAUUUGGAUACUGGAAUCUCAGCUCUGGGGUGCAGCUGGAAUGGAGAGGAAGUGCCUGGGAGACCCCGGCUCCAAUUCCAAUCUCCCCUUGCGAGCGCGUGGAAUUUAAAUUUGUCCGCGUUCGGCCUGGUGGAUUGGAUUGGGAGAGUGGCCCCAAUAGGGUCACGGAGUUCCCAAAUUACAAGGGUGAUUUGUGUCUCCAGGGGAUUUUCAACGGCGAAAGCAUACUUCAACCGAGCGACGUGGACGAUGCUGAGGGUAUCUCAACGCCAGAUACCAUGCCAUCAGCACGGGUGGAAGAUGACGCAGACUUGUGGCAGAUGCGAUACCAGGAGGCUGUCAAACAGCUCACUGCUCUGCAGCGCAAUGUGGCAAACCGGCAGAAAGAACAAGAGAAGCACCGACGAGAUCAUGCAGAGGUCAAGCGCGAUCUUCUGAGGAAGAUCAAGGAUGCUCAUCGUGAGGCCGCCAGUCUGUCCAGGCAGCCACCAGAGGAUGCUUCAUCUCCAGAAAGCGUCCAGUCCGCUGGAGCGGAGGACGCGGAUUUAUGGAAGCGCCGGUUCGAGGCCUCGGUGACGUCACUGACGGACCGUCAACGAGAAGUGGCAGUCCAUCGUCAGGAGCUCGAGAGACGUCGGGCCGAGCACACGGAGGUCACUGACAGCCUGUGGAGGCAGAUUCAGGAUGCACAACAGGAGGCACGGGGACUGUCUGGACUUUCGCAUGAGGAGGUGUCUGCGCGGCUGGAGGAGAGCGCUCAGCUUCAGCGCCUGGAGGCACCAGACAUUGCAACAAUUCCGUCGCCCUCCUUCGCAUCCUCCGUGCAGUCAACACCCUCCAGAGCACAUGGAAAGGCGACGCCUCAAAGGAGAGCCGGCCUUCACUUUUCGAGUCCCCGUCUUGAGACAGGGCGCGAGCCUCCAAAAGUCUUGCCUUCAGCGGUUCGGAGGGAGCAGCAGUCCGCACGCCGAGAUGGACGGGUUCCGGAAGUUUUCCCAGCAGGCGUGCCGCCUGUUCCGCCGGUCGGCCAUCAUUCCUCUGCCCUAGAGACCUGGCGCCGAAACGGAGGUGCGCGAUCUUCGAAGUCGGAGACGGCGCUUGCAGCGCUGCGAGCUGCCAAAGGAGCAUCCCCUGUUUCUCCGCACAGCGGGGAAGAGGAAGAUUCUCAGCGCCAGACACAGAUCGAGAAAGAGGCAUCCUCAUCAAGCAUGGGCUCUGGCCAGCGGUAUGAGCGUGUCACAAGGCCUGGGCCUGGCAACGAGGAGGCAAAGGAGGCAGAGCCGGCAGAGUCUCGAGCUGAAAGUGAGCAAAGUGCCGUGGUGGUCUCCAAAGAGGUGGCUGCAGCCUUUGCUUCUGCCAAAGCCCGACUGGCGAGGCUAAAGCCAGUCAAGGAGGCUGGAACCAGCGAUGACUGA